AGUGACGAUUACCACGAAUAUUUUAAUCCCAACAAAUAACAGUGACCCACAGCUUUUUAUGUGAUUGUCCAGGUCAAGAGACAGCUUUGCGUUUGCAGCUGGUCGGUGAUGUGGAAAGCAAACGUGGAAAACGCCUGCCUCUGCAUAUUCAGCAAAAGCAUCAGCAUGAACAUGUUGAACUAAAUUGACCCUGAACCUGUUCAGCAAAGAUGAAACCUUCUGUGUGAUGAACGUGCACGUGCGUGCACGUAUAAGACACGAUGAGGAAAAUCUCCAGGAGCAGUAGUAUAAAUGAAGCCUCAAUGUUUCCCUUCUACUCUCUCCCACGCACUCUACAAUAAGAAAAACUAUGUCGCCAUGCAGAGGAUGAUGCCAUGUCAGAGGUCCUCACUGUAGAUGCUAUUUUGUUUGGGCUCUUGGUUUUUUCUGGCAUCCUGGGAAACAUCUUGGUCAUCCAUGUGGUGUUUCAGUCAGCCAGUGAGGGUCCGGCUCGGAGACUCCCUCCUUCUGAUACCAUCUUGGUGCACCUGUCGUUGGCCAACCUGCUGACCUCACUCUUCCGCACGGUGCCCAUCUUCGUGUCGGACCUGGGCCUGAAUGUGUCUCUGUCUCCAGGCUGGUGCCGAGUCUUCAUGCUGCUGUGGGUGUGGUGGCGAGCCGUGGGCUGCUGGGUGACUCUGGCGCUCAGUGUCUUCCACUGCACCACCCUGAGGCGACAGCAUGUGGCCUUUGGACCUCUCGCAAAUCAGAGGGAGAGGCGGAGGGUGUGGUUCGUUCUGGGCCUGGUGUGGGGGGCUAACCUGGUCUUUUCUAUUCCAGCCCUGGUGUACACCACCCACGUUCACGGCAACGCCACCGUGGAGCUGAUGGUGAUCAGCUGCACCACCAGGCCUCUACUGGGCUGCAUCUGGGAGUUCCCAUCUCAGCAGCAGGGCUCAGCCUUCGCCUCCACCUCACUGGCUCUAAAUGAGGUGUUGCCGUUGGUGCUGAUGGUGUUCACCAAUCUGGCCACACUUCAAGCUCUGGCCAAACACAUCAGAGCCGUCACCUCAGGGGGAGAGGGGGGAGGAAAUCAUGGAGAACUGGACAAACACGUGUCCACUGAGCGAAAGGCAGCUCAUGUCAUCAUGUCGCUGGUGUCGCUCUUCGUGGUCUGCUGGGCGCUGCAGGUCGCUGCGGUGACAUACUACAACCACGACGGGGGACACCACGCUGAGGGGCUGCUGACCGUGGCCCACUUCUCCGCCUCGUUAUUUGUGGGCUUCAGUCCAAUGGUGGUGGCGCUGGGACAUGGCAAGCUGAGGAGAAGAAUCAGGAGCAUGAUACCGGGGUGGUCUAAAGUUCUGAAACGUCACCGUGAGGUCACUGAACAGGGAAGUACAUCUCCAAAGACUGAAGGAAAAAAGGGAAAGCAAACUGUUUUUGUUGUUCAAAAUGAGAGAAAAAUCAUAAAUGUGGAGGAGAAGAUUAAAGCAGGCAAGUGAUGCAGAGUGUGAUAAGAAAAAUAAUUUUAAACUCACUUGUUACCUGGACAAAAUUGUUGUCAUGUAUUAAUUUAGCUUAUUUUGACAUGUUUCAAUACAAGCAGACAUUUCAUUGAUCUUUGUAGUUUCUUUUAAGAUGGGAUUUAUUCUGAUAAAACUGAGUAUAUCACUUGUACAAAUUUUUGUUUGUUUGUGCUGUGAAUUCAAGAUUAUUUUUUAUUUUUUAUCAACAUCACAAACAUUGUCUCCAUUAUAUUUUGAACAGUGUAUAAUGAUUUAAAAAAUAUCAAACCCAGUCCAACCAGUCUCCAAUAUACAACACAACAAAAUAAAAAAUAAAUAUAAGAGGGAAAAAUGAGAGACAUUUUGAUCCUUGAAUUGUUGGUCCAAUAGCAUAAAGUACAUUGUUCCUUCAUUACAUGUUUCACUUUUCCGCAACGUUUUGUAACUAAAAUCUUUUGUAAGGGUCAAACAAACAGAUCCAGGAAUCUAGAUGUUUAUUUAAGUAGUUACAAUAUUAUUUUAUGUUGAUACAAACAAGGUAUGAAAAUAUGAAAUAUGUAGUCAGAAGCCAUCAUGGUAAGAAAAAAACAUUACACUGAACCUACAAAGCAUAGUAUUAACAUUUUGUCUGGCAAACUAAAGGAAACAUGUUGCAGUUUAAUCUAAAUAAAAUCAG